GAGGCCGGCUCUCGCAACUCAAGAUGGCGGACGAGAGUGAUACAGCAGUGAAGCCGCCGGUACCUCCGCUGCCGCAGAUGAUGGAAGGGAACGGAAACGGCCAUGAGCAUUGCAGCGAUUGCGAGAACGAGGAGGACAACAGCUACAACCGGGGUGGUUUGAGUCCAGCCAAUGACACUGGAGCCAAAAAGAAGAAAAAGAAACAAAAAAAGAAGAAAGAGAAAGGCAGUGAGACAGAUUCAGCCCAGGAUCAGCCUGUGAAGAUGAACUCUUUGCCAGCAGAGAGGAUCCAGGAAAUACAGAAGGCCAUUGAACUCUUUUCAGUAGGUCAGGGACCUGCAAAAACCAUGGAGGAGGCUAGCAAACGAAGCUACCAGUUCUGGGACACGCAGCCCGUCCCCAAACUGGGGGAAGUCGUGAACACACAUGGUCCCGUGGAACCUGACAAAGACAGCAUCCGCCAGGAGCCCUACACGCUGCCCCAGGACUUCGCCUGGGAUGCCUUGGACCUGGGGGACCGUGGUGUGCUGAAAGAACUCUACACCCUCCUGAAUGAGAAUUAUGUGGAAGAUGAUGACAACAUGUUCCGAUUUGAUUAUUCUCCCGAAUUUCUUUUGUGGGCUCUCCGGCCGCCUGGCUGGCUCCCCCAGUGGCACUGUGGGGUUCGAGUGGUCUCGAGUCGGAAACUGGUUGGGUUCAUCAGCGCCAUCCCGGCAAACAUCCAUAUCUAUGACACAGAGAAGAAGAUGGUAGAGAUCAACUUCUUGUGUGUCCACAAGAAGCUGCGUUCCAAGAGGGUGGCUCCAGUCCUGAUCCGUGAGAUAACCCGGCGGGUGCACCUGGAGGGCAUCUUCCAAGCUGUUUACACUGCCGGGGUCGUAUUACCAAAGCCUGUUGGCACCUGCAGGUACUGGCAUCGGUCCCUAAACCCACGGAAGCUGAUUGAAGUGAAGUUCUCCCACUUGAGCAGAAAUAUGACCAUGCAACGCACCAUGAAGCUCUACCGACUUCCAGAGACUCCCAAGACAGCUGGGCUGCGACCAAUGGAAAAAAAGGACAUUGCAGUAGUGCACAAGCUCCUCACCCAGUACCUGAAGCAGUUUCACCUCACACCAGUCAUGAGCCAAGAGGAGGUGGAACACUGGUUCUACCCCCAGGAGAAUAUCAUCGACACUUUUGUGGUGGAGAAUGCAAACGGUGAGGUGACCGAUUUCCUGAGCUUUUAUACACUUCCGUCCACCAUCAUGAAUCACCCGACCCACAAGAGUCUAAAGGCUGCUUAUUCUUUCUACAACGUUCACACCCAGACCCCUCUUCUAGACCUCAUGAGCGACGCCCUCGUUCUCGCCAAAAUGAAAGGGUUUGACGUAUUCAAUGCACUGGAUCUCAUGGAGAACAAAACCUUCCUGGAGAAGCUCAAGUUUGGCAUAGGGGACGGCAACCUACAGUAUUACCUUUACAAUUGGAAGUGCCCCAGCAUGGGGGCAGAGAAGGUUGGGCUGGUGUUACAGUAACCAGUUGCCAGUGAGAUUCUGGAUAAAGCCACUGAGAAUUCAAACCAGGAAAUGGAGCCCCACCACUUGUUGGUCCAGUUUUCACAAACGUGAGAAUCCCUGGCAAAGGGACCAGAACUGAACUGGUUUUACAAACCGCCACUGAACUUGAUGAUUGUAUUGCAAUGGCGUAGGCUGCGUGAUGUCACCUCUGGCCGUGUCUCUGGUCUCCCUGUUUUCCAAUUAAUCACAUCAUUAUGCAGCCAUGGUCAAGGGAAUGUAACUGCUGAAAACUAGCUCGUGAUUGGCAUAUUAUGGAAUUAACGGGUGAAUAAUAAAAGUAUAUAUAUAUUAUAUAUAUAUAUAUAAAUAUUUUAAA